UGUGCCUCCACCAACAGUACAAAGUACAGUCCUCAGGGAAGAGACAAAGAAGCCACCUUUGACCACCACAAGGCCACAAACACCUAAACCAAAACCAGUUUCCAAAGUUACCAUCUCCCUGCCAAUCCUUAAAACUUCAGAAAAAACAAUUGCAGAAGAUCCUAAACCAGUGCCAGGUAAAACUGGAAAAGAUGUUUCUUCUAAAACUGACAAAACACCAACAACAACUGCUGUGCCAACACCAGCACAAACCGCAAAAAUGCCAAUAAACCUGAUUAGACUUCAUAUAUUUGCGGAUCCAGCACUUCCAAGUGUGCAAAGUGAAACACAAACCACUGUACCUCCAACCCCUAAAAUAACUCAGUCAAAUAAAAUACCACAGUCAAAACCCGCUCCCAAACCCACAAAGAAAGUACCUAUACAUCUUGUUAGCAUCCAGAUCUUUGAUGAACCAGACGUACCCAUGGUUCCUAACAACACAUUGACUCCUUCUCAGUCCACAACAACACAAAGACCUGAAACGCCCCAUAUUUCUCCAGUUCCAGUGCAAAAAGUUUCAAAACCAAUAACCCCAAAACCCAAACCAACUCGGACUCGUACAAAACCUGCUCCUACUGCAGCACCCAAGGAAACUACUACUUUGCCUAAAAUUCUACAUGUGACUGCUGCAGCAACAUUGGCUACCUAUAGAGUGCAGCAUAGCUCUUCCAGACCAAGGACAUCACUCAGACCAAGAACUCGACCCGCACAGAAUGGAACAACUCAAGGAUCAAUGAGACCAAGACCAACUGGAGACUUCAACUGGGUACCGGGCACAAUCCCAGGUGGAAGAGCUUUAGACAGUACAAAGCUUCUUGGUGUGAGCAGAAAUAUUUCUAUGGAACCAAACAACACUGGAAAACGUACAUUUUCAGUAUCUUCACCACCUUUUCCCCCAGUAAAACCAACUUCCAUACGUAGAAGAAUUCAGAAUAGCAAUGUAACAGGCAAACCAGGAGUCACAGUAUCUUUAGCACCACUUCCUCCUGUGAAACCAACCACUAUUCGCAGGAGACCACCUACUAAUGGUACAGCUAAACCACCACCUGCAGGAGGUAUUGUGAUACCACGUGCUCCUUCUGCUCCCAAGCCCAACUGUACAGUGGUAUAUAUAAGACCACCAAAGGUGCAGCCAACCUUGCCUGCUACAGAGGAAGACUUUGUGGACCCUACUGUAUUCAGUCCUUCUCCAAAAUCAGACAUUGAUGCACUGGGCAAACCCAGAUAUACAGGACCACAUGUAAAGUACAUAGACAAAGAAGACAAUGUACCCUGCUCCAUCACAGAAUCUCUUAAACACUUCCCAUCAGAGGAGAGCACAAAUCAGGAAAUCUCAACUCCCCCCAAGAACCCUCCCUCCAAUCUUACUAUUGUGACUGUAGAGGGGUGUUCAUCCUUUGUUAUUUUGGACUGGGAAAUGCCUAAUAAUGACUCAGCUACUGAGUUUAAAGUCAUUUCAAUAGAAAAUGGAGCACCUGAAGGAAAGAAUCAAUCAAUCAUAACAACAAAUCAGACAUAUUCUACAGUAGAAAACUUGAAACCUGACACAAAAUAUGAUUUCAAAGUGGUGCCAACAAAUCCUCUCGGUGAGGGUCCAGUCAGCGCAACAGUGAAAUUUAGCACAGAAUCAGCUGAUCCAAGAGUGAGCGAGCCAGUUGCAGCAGGAAAAGAUGCAAUAUGGACAGAAAUCAGGUUUAAGUCAGACUCCUAUUCAGAAUGCAGAGGGAAGCAAUUUGUGAAGAGGACGUGGUAUAAGAAAUUUGUUGGCAUUCAGCUGUGUAACUCUCUAAGAUAUAAGAUUUACCUCAGCAACUCUCUUACAGGCACCUUUUAUAACAUAGGAGAUCAGUCUGGCUAUGGAGAGGAUCAUUGCCAGUUUGUUGACUCAUUUCUUGAUGGGAGAACAGGACAGCAACUUUUACCCGAUCAACUGACAGCCAGAAAAGGAUUUUACAGAUCAGUACGCCAGCAACCGGUAGACUUUGGUGAUAUAGGAGGACGCACACACAUCAGCUACGUCCAUUGGUAUGAAUGUGGAAUUGCAAUACCUGGAAAGUGGUAAGGAGGCUCCCACGACGGAUUAACAGACUCACUCCAACUGCCACCAUCAUUUCUAUAGAGAAUGCGCCUAGCUUCAGUCUACUCUCAUUACUCUACUCGUGUCUACUAAUGUAAAAUAUGUAUGAAAUCUUUGAGGUUAUUGAAAUUAUUAUGGAGACAACAGACUGCUUCCAUAUUUAUCAAGAUUAACACUAAAGGAUAUUGUUUUCAUAGGAUAAAAUCUCGGGAAGCUGGCUCCCUGGUUUUGGUAUUAGAAAAGCAGUGUCUAUGUUAUUUAUCACAACGUUGUAAGAAAUAUUUUGAUGCAAAUUUCUAUUCAGUAUUCUUGAAAUAACUACAUUUAAGAAUUCUUUAUUCAUGGUAAUCUUGCUCUAGCUUCAUCAUGAUUUAAUUUAUUUUACUG